AUGCGAACUGGAUCAACACAAUACGUUUUUGUAUCAAUUCUCCUUCUAGUAUUCAUUUUGUCAGUGAAGUGCGCGCCAAAUUCGAAAUCCAGAUGCGCUUUGGAGUGCUACGCGCAAUGUAUGCGUUCGGGAACGAUUUUCGUUCAGGCCAACGCGGGAAUUUGUAAUUGUCCAGUUGUCAAGGAGCCUCAAAAGUGCUCCAAUUUCGAAGAGCAAUUUCAAAAAGCACUUAUUGUUCAAAAUUUGCCAAUAACUCGGACAAAAUACUUGGAUGCUCACACAAUUCAUAUUUCGAUUAGUCCGCAUCCGUCAGCAUUUGCUUAUAUAUUCGAAUACUCGACUAUUUCGACACAUCCUGAUAAAUGGAUAUUCGCGGGAGCCUAUACAGAACCAGAAGCGCAAUUCAGCGUGCUGGAUCCAUGCCGCGAUUACCAUUUUAGGGUACUUGUUGUUUUGCGAAGUAGCGACCCGUCGCAAUUAUUCGCGAUUAUCCGUCCGCAGGCGAUUCCCGUUCAAUUGCCGCCUUUCGUUUUGAAACAAGAGCAGAUCAAGGUGGAAUUGCCAAGAAUGGUCAAUGCCACAGCCAACCAUAUAAAGAUGUUUGUGAAAUGGACAGUACCCUUUGGCUAUUCUGAUGGCGAUAUUUAUGGAUACGAGUCGCCGUCGCUGUACCCGAUUCAAUGCUCAACUCCAGAGGAAGAAUUGCCUCAGCCUAGAAUUGAAAUUGUGAAAGGCGGAGGUCGAUUAGCAGUUCUCCUACCUUCUUCAGUUCUCAAUUCAAGGUGUAGAAUGUGGGUGGAAGUGAGAAUGCUACCGAGAUGUGUCCGUCUUGAACCAUUCAAUAUCCAAAAGAACAUCGAAAUCGAUUGCUCGAAGAAUACUGAUCUGGAAGUGUGCAGCAAAGAUGCGAAUCCGGUAUGUCUUGAAAAUGUGCGGAUCGGCGGAGAACUUGGAAAAGCGAAAAUAAGUUGGGAGAAGCCUCAAAAACCACCACUUUAUUAUCAUGUGCGGUAUGGACCAGCACAAACGAAGGGAACCGCCCCGUUUGUUUCGUGGCAACUUGCUGCCAAACGAGAAGUUCGAGUUGACGGCUCGUUGAGCUCAUUUUCUCUCGAUAUUCCGGAAGAUGAAGAUUUUGGAGUUCAAGUGUGCGCUAUAAUGUCGAAAAAUCGAAAAAGACCCAAAUUUGGGGUUGUCGAAGUCCUUCCAUUUCAAUGUGUCAGCUGCAAACCGGCAGGAGAACAAUCGGAAGCGAUUGGCCGGUGUGGAGAAUGCUCGAAGAUUCUUGGUUCGACUGUUAUCGAGAAGGAUUGGAAGAUCAAGACUCCGCCAUUGAGGAAUCAACCGAAAGAACAAGACAUUGAACAAAACCCUACUGUCUAUCGAAUGGAAACCGACCUUUCGGUUGCACCCAAAAGGAUCAGCGCCAAAUCGGACACCAGACUUACUCCAGAGCUUCCGCUUGAAAUUGAAAAAGCUGAAAAGAUUAAUCUAGACCAGAAUUCAACAAAAACAACAACAACGACAAUGAGUACGGAAACAGAAACUGCUCCACAAAUUGCAACAUCUUCUACUAAUGAAUCAUCAACUGAGAAUACUUUUUCCGAGAAAUUAUCCACUGACAUCAAUGAAGCGGCAGAUGCACAAGACACUACCACGAUGAAAGAGUCGAUGAAUAUCAAGACAAUCGUAGAAGAAGAAACUGAUGAGCGUGAACAGGAAAAUCAAGAAAAAGACGAAAAGGAGGAGGAGGAGCACGAAGUUGAUAAGGAAGGAAUUCUAGAUUUAGAACGAAACGAGAAAGAAAGAAUUCAAAAAGAGCUUGCUGAGAAAACAAUUGAUGAGUCUAUUGAAAAUAUUGAGAAAGUGUUGGAAGGUACGACCAAUUCGACUGACCAGUUCGAACAACUCGAAAAACGUCUAGAAGAAGCUGCUCAAAAGCUUCAGGAGACUAUUACAACUCUGGCCGCAAAUUCGAGCGAUGUUCGACAUCAUGAGCCUACGAAAAAAUGUUUAACGAGCGAAGGAAUCGUUUGUGAAUUUGGAUGUCUUGACAGAAAAACUUGUAUUUGUCCACCUGUAACUCAUGCUCGUCUUCGCAACAAAGUGUGCAUUUCUCGUGACGCAAUGCCUCACACAAAUUGUCUACCGAAAAAGGAAAUAAACGCGACAUGGGACGCCGAAACUGGAAAUGUGAUGGUCCGAAGGAGUGAUGCAAUUUAUCAUAUUGAAAACUCGGAAUCUGUCGAUAAACUUUUCGUUGAAUUCGGUAAAGUGCGACUCGCUGAAGAAUUGAAUAAUUUGAGCAGAAUCGAAUUCGCGGAUGAGACGAGACAAAAAGUCGUCGUGAUGAUACAGUCCAUAUUAAAAUCAUCAGUCUUUUCAACGGAACCAUUUAUAUUCCAUGUGAAUCAAACAAUCGAUAUGAAUGCUAUAUAUGGCAUGAGAUUAUGCGUAUUCAAUUCUUCACAAAUCCGUCAUCCCCACACACACAAUUGGGAUGAUGAGAGUCGAUUUGAGAAAGAUAUCGCCGAGGUUGUUCAAUUAAGCCCCGUCUAUUUUACGAAUCAAUUACUAGCAAAUCAACCGGAUAAUUAUUGGAAUACUCUGGUUACCGUGGCCAAAGUUGCAAUUUUAAUAUUAUUGGCAAUUGCAAUGUUUGUAUUAUUGUAUUUGAAUUGCACCAAAAUUAAGACUCUUUAUGAUCGAAAACGAACACAUUAUUUUCGGCCAUUUUAUAUUGAUCCAGCGGUUCAUAUGCCAACCCGGCUAAAACGCGAACCUUCUCGAGGAUAUUAUGACGUCAGAUCGCGAGUUAUCAUGUAA